AUGGUUGAUUCAAAGACUACGAAACCAACAGAGCCAGUCGUGUCUGGCGGACUCGGCGAUGAUGCCAGCCACAGUCGACGAGGCUCCGACACGUCCAAUGAUCACAUCACCAAGCAGACGCCGGAAACAGCGCAGAAGAGCGUAACCCAGAAGAUCAAAAGUGCAAGGACAAAGUCGAUAAACAAUGUCAAGAGUAAUUGGAUAUGGUAUCUACUAGGCGGGCUCAUAUUUCUGGCUAUUCUGCUGCCCAUCGUCUUCAAAGUCAUCUUGCCCGCCAUCGUCCAACUCAUUGUCAAUCAGCAGCCUCUUCCUGUCCUAGGCGGUUCUUUUCUAUUCCAGACCCCCGACUCUAUACUCUGCAACCUCAACACCUCGUUUAAAUCACCACUCCCGGCUUCUAUCCAACCCUUUUCGCUACAACUAUACAAUAGAGCAACACCUACGUUUACACCUUGGCUUACUAUGCAGAUUGGAAAAAUCAAAGUCAAUGGCGAUACACAGAUUCGAGUCAUCAACCAGAUGCAGCGCAUUACCGAUGGCGACGAGUUUACAAAGUGGUUUGGCAAGUUUGUCGAUGAAGAGGAACUUGAUUUGGAUGUUCGUGCCGAUACCGCGACAAUCAACCUUGGCAUACUAGAGUCACGGCCGGUGCUGGACAAGACAAUCACUUUCAAAGGACUCAACCUUCACCGUGGUAUUCGACUGGAGCACGCGCAGCUCGUCUUGCCUCCCGUAAACGGCCACAACCUCAAAGGCAUGCUCAUGAUUCCCAACAAGUCACCCAUUGCCUUUGGCAUUGGUGAUUAUACCUUGGAUGUGUUUGCGGCUGGUGUGAAUAUCGGCUACAUUACAAUCAAGGACACGGUCUUGCGCCCAGGAGACAAUUUACAAGCACUGGACGGGUUCAUCGACCUCAAGGUCUUGGUCGCCAACGUGGGCGCCAUCAUCAAUAGCAUGGCUCUCUCGCUCGCGGACGGCAUGAUAGAAGUGACAGUGACGGGGAGGGAAUGCUACAUUCACGGUCAAAGAUCCACGCUUAUUGAGAAUGUUCUCAACCAUCGCAGCCUCAUUAUUCACGGUUCAAUUGCUACUGUAGCUGCGGACCUUGUCGGUGGUUUGUUGAUGCCGCAACUAAACACUGGUCAUGGGACAAAUCAGGGCUCCGCGUUUAUCGAUGCAAUCUCUACCGUGUUUUCGAACCAAACUUUGAUGGGGAAUAUUGCAGACCACUGGAACAAGACGAAGAAGAAAAGGAGCGAGGGAGGCACACAAAGGCGAAUGAUUGGGCUCGGGGGUUAUGUCUGA